AUGAGAGUCAAAAGCUGCAAGCAUUUGCAACAUGCGUGGUUCAACCAAUCCCUCGACUCGCCGGAUCCAACCCCUCGACAACCUCAGGAUAUCCUGAGAGAGCUUCUGGCGAAUACCAUGGUUGGCGGAAACCUGUCCGUCGACCGCCUGUUCAUAACUGAGCUCUUCGAUAAAGCCGAUAGUUUUAGAAGUCUUCCAGCUUCUGCGUCCCCUGAAAGCUUCCCAAAGUUCCGAGAACUACCGCCAGAGAUUCGUCAAGCGAUCUGGUUAUUUUCCAUCCCACGACGAACAAUGCACAUCAGCGACGUUUUGAUGGAGGCUGUGUGCUGGAAUCGCCGCCUGCCCAUGCCCGCACCCGCACUUGCGUGUCGUGAGGCCUGGGGAGUCAUCAGGCCGCGCAUGCACGCAGUCUUCGACCAACUAGGGUGGAUGUGGCUAGACGAGGACGCCGAAAUGAGACGGAUGGCAUGGAUCACAUCGUCUGACAGACUGAGCAUGGGACCAUAUCACUUUCACGCUUACGGCUCUACUAUCAGGCUUGAUGACGCGCUUUCAACUUUCGAGAGCGUUGCGUUGUCUUUAGAACAACUCGCGAACAAGUAUGCUUUUGGGCAUUUUGACGAGCACCUUAGCCUCAGCAUUGAUCUAGCCCAAACGAUACGGGUCGUUGUGCAAACAAUUGUCAUUGUAAUCUCUGACAAACCAACCCGCUACGGGACGAUUUAUCCUUUGAGGACUCGGACAUCAAGAAAUCUGAAGGCCUCUGCUUCAUUCCUAAACGAGAAUGAGACAUUGGAAUGGACCUACGAGAACAUGCGCGGAGCUUCAGCAUGUGACACCCCAACUCAUUUUGUGGAAGUUGUCGAUCUGCAUGAUCGACGUCGAUUGAACGAACUUGCCUCUCUCGUGAUGGCCAACGGAGGCUCGUCAUGGACUUCGCGACAUAGAAUGGACGCAACGUGUCACUGGGACAGAAGCUAUUGUUUUGAUUGCUUGAUGAGGUGGUGGGAACAUGACGGCAAAGGACUCGCAGAUGCGACAUUAAACAAGGCAUAUAAGCAGCUGAGUGGAAUUCCAGAGGACACUCCCGUUUUGGAAGACUCGAGCAACCCAGAGACGGAAAUGAUUCCCGCAGUCAAAUUCUUGAUCAAGUUUCCAGAUAUUGACCCGCCGGGGAUCAAUUUCGCGGAUGCAGAAAAGUUGAUCGGAGCAGUUCCCGAGGUAUGCCGGGUCGGGGCACGUCUUCUGGGGGAAACCGACUUGUCCAGUGAAGAUAUUUAA